AUGGAUGGGGAGGAUGCUUCUUCGCCUGGCAGCUUAAGCUCGCCUCCGCACUCGCCCGACCAGGGCAACACACCGAGUACCAACGUCCGCGCAUCUGCAGGUGGUGUUGGUGUUGGAGCCGCAAGCGCUAGCACCCCCACCCCUGCCACUGGAUCGCCAGCGCCACGAGGCUUGACAGCAUCUGGUCAACCACGUAAGAAGCCCGGCCCGAAGCCCAAGCCCAGAGAUGCAACCCUCCCAGACUCUAUAGAGAAAAAGGUUAGGAAACCCAGGAAGCCUGCAGAGCCCAAAGAUCCCAAUGCAGCCCCCGUCCAGCGUAAGAGGAGGACCAAGGCUUCGCUCGAGGCACAAGCAGCAGUAGCACCAUCACCACCACCACCACCACCACCACCACAACAACAACAACAACAACAACAACAACAACAACAGCAACAACAGCACCAACAACAGCACCAGCAACAGCUCGAACAUGUCAAGCCGCCGGUGCAGCAGUCGCCUACACCACAGCCGCAAUCAAGACCCAACGAGCCAGUCUCCAUGCUCAAGUCCGAGCCGCCACCGCCCACCGUCAACCAAACCUCGCACGUCUUGAGCAACCCUGAGCCGGCAAUUCAUAGCAACCCCAACUUGUUCCACAUCAAUGCUGCACCCUCAACACCCCGUCCUUCGAGCUCGGGCCAACGAUAUGACCCUAUUCGAGGUGGAAUCAUCGAGUCAAAGCCCCAGGCACCUGCAAACGUAGCACCCCCACCGGUUUCCCCCCCGCUAAACCGGGCGAGUGCGUCACCUUCGAUUACGAGUCUGAUUGACCCUCCCUCGGCGACCAACUCAUUCUACACGCCUCCCGUGAAGCUUCAACAACAGUCGUCCAUUACCUCUGCACCUGCCUCGCCUGCUGGUUUCUCGACGCGUCCUGGGUCGAUCCUUCCGUUACAGGAUAUCCCACCUCACCCUCAACAGCACGUCUCUCCACAACUUCACCUGCCCUCGCAGCCUCAAAAUCACCACCCACAGCAGUAUGCUAGCAUGCUAGAGACAACACCCAUGGAAAUCGAUCCUGAUCCAAGCAAACCCAUGUCGGUGCCCAUGACCAAGUCGAGCUCGGCCCACUCCGGCACACCCACCCACUCAAACGCGCCUACGCCACCUGCAAAACCGGUUCGGCAGAAAGAGGCCCCACCACCACUACCCAGUGGCAGCGGCCUCUUGUCCGGGACCGCAUUUGGCCCUAUGGCGAGUGGAAAGGAAACAUCGGAGAAUCAAGGCACCAACAUCUACCUCACGUUUGUCUUGAAGGGCCGCGAAAAUGUCACCAUCAACUUUGCUCAAGAAGUCGAGAAGAAGUACGGGUUCGCCGCUUUGCAUCCCCGAAUUGCAGCGCGCCGUGAGCGUCAACGCCAAAUCACAGCGGCCGGUGCGGCUUUGGAAAAAACGGCGGGUGGCGGAUCCAACGAUGACAUGUCAUUGGACUUGUCGGAGAAUGAGAGCAACGUGGAGAUGGGUGGCAUGGAUGAUGAGACUUCGGCCCGUGAGAACGGCGGGAAGAAGCGGCGGAAGAGAAAGCAAGAGGACUAUGACAAGGAGGAUGAUUUCAUCGACGAUACUGAGCUUGCCUGGGAGCAACAGGCGCUCAUGGCCAAGGAUGGCUUUUUCGUCUACAGUGGCCCUCUUGUCACCGAAGAGAAGCCCACUGUGGAAAGAGCCGAUGGUACUGUUAGACGCGGACGAGGUCGCGGUCGCGGUGGUGCAGUGCGCGGCGAAACCACAGGACGAGGCCGUGGACGUGGCGGCGGUCCGGGAUCUCGUGGUGGCACCACAGUUCGGAAACCUCGCGUCACUAAGGCUGACCGUGCUAUGAUGGAGCAGGAGAAGCAACAACGCGAGAGCAUGGCCGCAAACAUUGCUUCGAAACAACCCGUGACAGCCUAUGCGGGCCCUCAGAAUGCCUCCUAG